ACAGCGAACCGGGGGCAGCGCCGGUGCCGUCCAGCGCGGAGCCUCUCGCCGAGGAUGAACCGGUGGAGAAGACGGGCCCGGCAGAGCUGGGGCACGGCACCGCUUUGACUGGUGGAGAUGAGGAUUUUGGGYACGGGGCCAAGGGUCCAGACCCCGGAACCGGAGAGCUCGGGCGGGGAACUGCCCUCAACCUGCUGCCGGCCCCGGAGAUCGGCGCCGCGCCCGCGGUGGAGCCCACGCGGGUGUUGCAGAGCCGCGUCCUGCCCGCGGCCACCGCURCCCCCAGAGCUGAUGCCAAACAAACUGCCCCCGUUAAGAAAAAGCCACCGGCUCUAAAACAAGCAAACACGGGCAGGAAACACCCGAGGCUGAAGCCCACCCUGGCAGGGCCCCCGGGGGCUGCGCCCCCAGCCAGCCCACGGAGCCCCAGGCUCCCCACGGCCGCCCCAGAGCUGCGAGCGCCAGCGGAGGACACGGAGCGGAGCCCCCCCGAGCUGCCCUGGGGGGAGCAGGCCACCACCAGCCGCCCCACGCUGCAGAUCUCCCCUUCCACGCUGCCUCCAGCCCUGUCCCGAUCCUUCCCUGGCAGUGUGGAUGAUGUGGAUGCCGGAGAGGCUCCGACCGCGGCUCCCGCCGGCGCCGCCGUUAUCCCGACAAACGGAGCGGACAGGGACGCGCACGGCUCGGCGUCGGAYGAGAGCCAGGAGACCACCACGUCCACCAUCAUCACCACCACCGUCACGACCACGGAGCCCACCCCGGUGCUCUGCAGCAUGAGCUUCCACGAGCCCGAGGGCUACAUCGACUCCACGGAUUAUCCCCCRCUGCCCCUGCACGGGUACCUGCAGUGCACCUACAACGUCACCGUCUACACCGGCUAYGGCGUCGAGCUCCAGGUGAAGAGCGUGAACCUGUCGGAYGGCGAGGUGCUGUCCAUCCGCGGCGUGGACGGCGAUGCCCUGGUGGUCCUGGCCAACCAGACGCUGCUGGUGGAGGGCCAGGUGAUCCGCAGCCCCACCAACACCAUCUCCGUCUACUUCCGCACCUUCCAGGACGACGUGGUGGGGACAUUCCAGCUCCACUACCAGGUGUUUAUGCUGAGCUGCAACUUCCCCCGGAGGCCUGACUUYGGAGAGGUGACGGUGAUGGAUCUGCACUCGGGUGGUGUUGCUCACUUCCACUGCCACCUGGGCUACGAGCUGCAGGGCCCCCGCAUGCUGACCUGCAUCAACGCCUCCCGGCCCCACUGGAGCAGCCCCGAGCCCAUCUGCUCAGCUCCGUGUGGAGGGACAAUCCACAACGCCACCAUCGGCCGCGUGCUGUCCCCCAGCUACAGCGGGAACCACUCGGGCAGCAUGUACUGCGUGUGGGCCAUCGGGGCACCCCCGGGCCAGAAGCUGCACCUGCACUUCGAGAAGCUCCUGCUGACCGAGAAGGACAGGAUGGUGGUGUACAGCGGGGACACCAACCGCUCCGCCGUGCUCUACGACUCUCUGCGCGCCGACAGCGUCCCCUUCGAGGGCGUCAUCAGCGACGGCUCCUCCAUCAGGAUCGACUUCCUCGCCGAGGAGCCCGCGGCUGCCACRGCCUUCAACAUCCGCUUCGAAGCCUUCGAGCGGGGCCACUGCUAUGAGCCCUACAUCCAGAACGGGAACUUCACCACCUCGGACCCCACCUACAACCUGGGCACCACCGUGGAGUUCACCUGYGACCCCGGGCACUCCCUGGAGCAGGGUCCCGCUGUCAUCGAGUGCAUCAACAUGCGGGACCCCUACUGGAACGACACGGAGCCGCUGUGCCGAGCCACGUGUGGGGGAGAGCUGACCGCCGUGGCCGGGGUGAUCCUGUCCCCCAACUGGCCGGAGCCCUACACGGAGGGGGAGGAUUGCAUCUGGAGGAUCCAYGUGGGCGAGGAGAAGCGGCUCUUCCUGGACAUCCAGCUCCUGAACAUCACCAACAGCGACAUCCUCACCAUCUAUGACGGGGACGAGCUCUCCGCCCGCAUCCUGGGCCAGUACAUCGGCAGCAGCGGCCCCCAGAAGCUCUACUCGUCCAGCCCCGACCUCACCAUCCAGUUCCACUCGGACCCUGCYGGGCUCAUCUUUGGGAAAGGGCAAGGGUUCAUCAUGAACUACAUAGAGGUGUCCCGCAACGACUCCUGCUCYGAUCUGCCCGAGAUCCAGAACGGCUGGAAGACAACAUCACACACAGAGCUGGUGAGAGGGGCCAAGAUCACCUACCAGUGUGACCCGGGCUACGACAUCGUGGGCAGCGACACCCUCACCUGCCAGUGGGACCUCAGCUGGAGCAGCGACCCCCCCUUCUGUGAAAAGAUUAUGUACUGCACGGACCCGGGYGAGGUGGAGCACUCCACCCGCCUCAUCUCGGACCCGGUGCUGCUGGUGGGCACCACCAUCCAGUACACCUGCAACCCUGGUUUCGUGCUGGAGGGCAGCUCCCUGCUCACCUGCUACAGCCGCGAAACCGGCACCCCCAUCUGGACCUCGCGGCUCCCGCACUGCGUCUCUGAGGAGUCGCUGGCCUGUGACAAUCCAGGGCUGCCAGAAAAYGGGUACCAAAUUCUUUACAAGCGCCUCUACCUGCCAGGAGAGUCCCUGACCUUCAUGUGCUAUGAAGGCUUUGAGCUCAUGGGRGAGGUGACCAUCAAAUGCAUCCUGGGCCAGCCAUCCCACUGGAGCGGCCCCCUGCCCAUCUGCAAAGUGAACCAGGACAGCUUUGAACACGCUCUGGAAGUAGCAGAAGCUGCUGCAGAGACAUCGCUCGAGGGGGGAAAUAUGGCCUUGGCCAUCUUCAUCCCGGUGCUGAUCAUCUCCCUGCUGCUGGGAGGAGCGUACAUCUAUCUCACCAGGUGUCGGUACUACUCCAGCCUCCGCCUGCCCCUCAUGUACUCCCACCCCUACAGCCAGAUCACGGUAGAAACGGAGUUUGACAACCCGAUCUAUGAGACAGGGGAAACACGAGAAUACGAGGUUUCGAUAUAAGGACAGCGGUAAGAGAGUCUCCAGCAGCGAACUUAAUGUGCUCUCAUAGAACUUCCUCAGUAACUAAUCCAGAGACCACGUGGAGUUUGGUUGGACCCCCGGACCUGCUGUUGUCUUUCCUUUUGCCUCUCUAUUGAAGAUUUUACUGUUUUCUUCACUGUAUUUAUUCUAUUUAAACUGCGAUAGGUGUGCUGCCCAGCCCUGGGCACAGGCAGCAGCGGGAGCCGGGGCAGAGCUGGGUCCUGGUGAGGCCAGGGGGGCACGGGGGGCACUGCUGUGUCCCCCCUCCAUGACAGAGCGUCCCCCUCCAUGGCGGAGCGUCCCCCGGCACUGCCCACACAGCCGCA